AUGGCAACAAAGAAAAAAGAAAGGUUCCAUAAAACAGGGAAAUCGAAUAAACAAAGUUGUUACCUUAAUUUGUCUCAUUAUUCUAGUGCAUCUGAUUAUGAAAUCGGUAAAAGGGAACAUCAUAAAAACAAUUGGGAUAGUGAAGGAAACCAUUCUUUUGUAUUAAAUUAUAAUGGAGAAAAUAAUAAAAAUGUAAACUAUUGUGUCAAGUAUCCAAACAAAUUGAUGAAUAGACAUAUAAAUGAACAAGAGAAAUUUCUUAAAAUUGGGAAAAGUGAAAAAAAGCACAUAAACGAAGAAUUUGUUGAUCUACCUAAAACUCUGGAUGAUGAAAAAAGUGUAUAUUUUAAAGGUACCCCCUGUAAAUUUAAACAAAAUAAAUGCAAAAAAAAAAUAAAUGCUACUAAUUUAACGGUGCAUGAUAAUACAAAUGAUAAAAUUGAAAAAAAAAUUGAUAUAACCGAACUAUGGAAUUAUUUAAGCCAUGUGCACAAUUCGGGAGGUAACAGACUGAGGUAUAAGUUUAAUGAAAUAAUAGACACACGUAAUGAUAAGCAUAAAAAAGAGAUGCAAAAUAACACAUGUGGAGGAGAUAAAGACAGGAAAAAUGUACCAGAGGGCAAAGGAGGAGGUGGAGAAAGAGAAGAUGACAAUUUUAACUAUGAUGAAUAUAAAAGCAUGGUUAAAUACAUACUCCCAAGUAUGUCAGAUAACAAAAUAAAAUAUUCUUGGUGUGUUUUGAAAAAUAAUUUAAAAUGUGAAAAGGACAUAAUAAAUUAUAAAGAAUUUUCAAAUUUCAUAAAUGCCAAAGGCGGGAAUGAUGAAAAUAGUUAUGUGAACAAAAUAGUAUGUAGUAAAUUAAAAAAUAAAAUGUUAAAGUACAAUUUCAAUCCCUCAGAUGUGAAAUUAAAGACAAUUAAUUAUAUUGAUAAUGUUAGGUUAAAGGCUUCUGAAUUUUCUAAACAUUUUAAAGAACUUAUGUCAGAAAAGGAGUUAACAAGUUUGUUUCAAGGAAGGGAAAAAAUAAAAAUAGAUGAACUGGAAAAGUGCAUUAUGGAAAUAAUUGAAGAGCGAGUGGAGAAUAUUGAACCUGUUGGUGGAAAAAAUAGCUCUAGCAAUCAUACUGAUCAAGUGGAACAGGAGACAUGUGCAAAAAAAAAAAAAGAAGGAUUAACAAAAUUUAACAUGAAAGCUUAUAUAUCCACCUUGUUAUCAAAUAAAAACAACGAAAUACUAGUCGAACAUUUCAUACAUAAUUUAAAUAUUGAUUAUGAAAUGCUGCAUAGUCAAAACAAAAGCAUAAAAGAUGCAUACGAUUUUUACUCUAGAAGCAUACCACCUACAGAAGUAGUGGAUGAAUUUUACUCAGACGAAUUAAAUAAAGAAGAAAUUAAAAGAGCCAAAUUUUUAAUUGAAGAAAUAGAUUAUUCUGUCAGAAAUAAUUUCAAGUCAAAUUAUGUAAGUUCAAAAAAUAGCAACAAAAUUGAUUCGGAAAAUUCAUACUUAUCCCUUUAUGAAAUUUUCAAACAUCUAGAUAUUGAUAAGGAUAGUUAUAUAACUAAAGAAGAUUUACAUAAAAGUUUUCAAAAGUUAAAAAUUAAAAACAUAACAAACACGGAUGUAAAUAUAUUUCUCAAGUAUAUAGAUAUACAAAAAAAGGGAUAUAUCAAUGUCAACGAUUUCUUGACAAAUUACCAACUUGAAGAAAAAUCAAUGAUUAAUUGGAUUAAAAAUACUAAUAAACCAUAUUUCGAAUUUGUUAAAAACCUAAAAAGGGAAAAAUACAACCCUAGUCAAAAUUCUAGGCAAAGAGCCACAAGUGAGCACGUCUUAACUAAUAAAAAUGCUUACAAUGCAAACAAAUACAAUAAUGUAAUAAAAAAUUACAAUUUAGAAUUGGAUCCAUUUUGCCCUUCUUAUGUGAUAAGAGAAAGAAUACGAGAAAAUUUUAUGGCUAAAAAAGAUGAUUUUUUAAACAAACAUCUAAAGGCAACUCGGUUCCACUUAACAGGACACAAAAAUACCUCUAACAUAGUACAACCUAUUGAAAGUUCAGACUUGUAUAUGAGUGAUAAUUUAAGGUUUAAAACAACAUACAAUUUAAAUUACAACAAAUUAUAA